UCCUUCUUCGGUCAAUGCAUCAAGGGUGACAAACCAUUACUAGCAUCGACAGAGGCAGACGAAAUCAGGGAUGAACUUUACCAAAAUCUGAAAGGAAAAAAAAAAGAUUGGAUUGGACACAUUUUCAAAACUACGCAAGCCUGGUUGGGGAUCAAAUCUAUUUUUCUAAUGGCUUUAAUGGACAUGAAAACGGACACAUCAGCUUUCCCAAGUUCUUCUUCUGCUACCCGACGGAAGUAUGAUGUCUUUCUCAGUUUUAGAGGCGAGGACACCCGCUACAAGUUUAUGGGUCAUCUAUACCAAGCUUUGAUCCAGAAAGGCAUUGUCACCUUUAAGGAUGAUGAAAAACUUGAGAGAGGAAAAUCCAUUUCACCAGAGCUAUUGAAAGCGAUAGAAGAAUCAGAAUUUGCUGUAGUCAUUCUCUCAGAAAACUAUGCAUCUUCAACUUGGUGCUUAGAUGAACUUGCAAAGAUCAUUUGCUGCAAAAAUGAGACAGGAAUGAUAAUUUUACCUGUUUUUCACUAUGUGGAACCAUCCGAUGUACGAAAACAAAUGGGAACUUUUGAGCAGGCAUUUGUUAAACAUGAAGAAAAGGAGAACAAGGAGAGGGUGGAGAAAUGGAGAGAUGCUUUGACCCAAGUGGGCAACCUCCGCGGAUGGCAUUUAAAGCAUUAUUGGUCUGAGAUAGAAGACAUCAAAGACAUUGUGGGAUGGAUAUCGCUUCACUUGAAAUAUGAUGCAUUACGAUACAUUGCCAAGGACCUAGUAGGAAUAUACUCUCGAGUGAUGGAAUUGGAGGAAUUGGAGUCGUGUUUAGCUUUACGGUCAAACGAUGUUCGCUUUAUAGGGAUUUGGGGGAUGGGAGGAAUUGGUAAGACAACUCUUGCUAGAGUUGUUUAUUAUAUGGUUUCUAAAAAAUUUGAAGCUUGUAGUUUUAUUAAGGAUGUUAGGGAAAAUGUUGAAAAACAUGGUUUAGUUCCACUACAACAGAAAAUUAUUGAUGAAAUUUCGAUGGUAACGAAUUUGAAAAUAAAAGAGGAGUAUCAUGGAGCUAUCAUGAUGGAGAAGAGAUUAUGUCAUAAAAGGAUUCUUCUUGUUCUUGAUGACGUAAAUGAAUUAAACCAAUUAAAAAUGUUGGUUGGGGAACGUGAUUGGUUUGGUCCGGGCAGUAAAAUUAUCAUAACAACAAGAAAUGCUCAUGUGUUGGAGGCACAUGGAGUAGACGGAAUAUAUGAAGUUAAAGGAUUGAAUAAUAAAGAUGCUCUUCAACUAUUUUCCUCAAAAGCUUUUAAAGAAAAGCAUGUCCUAGAUGAUUAUUUAGAGCUAACUAACCAUUUUUUGAAUUAUGCUAAAUGCCUUCCUUUAGCUCUUGAGGUUUUAGGUUCAUUUUUGAUUGGAAAAAGUAUUGCUGAAUGGAAAAGUGCACUAGAGAUGCUCAAAGAAUUUCCUGAGAAUACCAUUCUCCAAGCACUUAAAAUAAGUUUUGAUGGACUCCAUGUCACAGAGAAGGAAAUAUUCCUACAUAUUGCAUGCUUCUUUAACCAUAAGCAUAAAGAUAAUGUAGUAGAAGUACUGGAUACUCUUGACCUUUACCCUGACAUUGGAUUGAAGGAACUCAUUGAUAAAUCCCUCUUGAAAAUUAUGGAUACGGGUAUAGUGUGGAUGCAUGAUUUACUAGAAGAAAUGGGUAGGAACAUAGUUCGUCACGAGUGCCUUGAUGAUCCUGGGAAGCGUAGUAGAUUGUGGCAUUAUAAGGACAUUGACAAAGUUCUAAGAAAAAAUAAGGGGAUGGAAGCAGUUCAAGCCAUGCAAAUUAUGAAUCAUUUUGAAGUACAACACAUGCAAUCUAUGGGUACUCUCGAGGCCUUUUCAAAGAUGUACAAUCAUAAUUUUCUUCACAAUAAUGCUUUUUUCCACGACGUUCAACAUCUUCCAAAUUCUUUACGAUUUCUUGAUUGGAGAGGUUAUCCUUCAAAAUCUUUGCCUUCAACUUUCCAGCCAGAUGAGCUUGUUUGGCUUUGUUUACAAUAUAGCAGAAUUGAAGAACUGUGGAUAGGAAGAAAGAAUUUUGACAAGUUGAAGUUCAUCAACUUGACAUGCUCCUCAAACCUGAUUAUAUCCCCAGACUUCACUGGAGUCCCAAAUCUUGAGAAAUUGAUUUUUGCACAUUGUCAAAAUUUACGCGAGCUUCACCCAUCCGUUGGAAUUCUUAAAAGGCUUGUUCUUCUUGAUCUAAAAUAUUGCUCAAAACUAAGUUGUCUUCCAAGCAAGUUUGAAAUCGAUUCUCUCGUGACUUCAUUAAUUAUGAAGGGUUGCAACAAUCUUGUAUGCCUUCCUAACACCAUUUGCAGUUUAAAAUCACUUGAAAGUCUUGAUCUUUGUGGGUGCUCAAAUUUGGACAACUUGCCGGAGAACCUAGGGAAUCUCAAAGGUCUCAAGAAGCUUGAUUUGAGUGAAACAGCUAUAAAAGAGUUGCCUUCAUCAAUUGAUGGUUUGACAACCCUUACUUCAUUGAUCUUAACGAUUAAUCUUGUGUGCCUUCCUAGCACCAUUUGUAGUUUGAAUUCGCUUGAAUGCCUUGGCCUUUGUGGGUGCUCAAAUUUUGACAACUUGCCGAAGAAUCUGGGGAAUCUCAAAGAUCUCUAUCAUCUUGAUUUGAGUGGAACAGGGAUAAAAGAGCUGCCUUCAUCAAUUGAUGGUUUAACAACCCUUAAUUCAUUGACUCUCACAAAUUGUAAGAAUCUUGUGUGUCUUCCUAGCACCAUUUGUAGUUUGAAUUCGCUUGAAUGCCUUGGCCUUUGUGGGUGCUCAAAUUUUGACAACUUGCCGAAGAAUCUGGGGAAUCUCAAAGAUCUCUAUCAUCUUGAUUUGAGUGGAACAGGGAUAAAAGAGCUGCCUUCAUCAAUUGAUGGUUUAACAACCCUUAAUUCAUUGACUCUCACAAAUUGUAAGAAUCUUGUGUGUCUUCCUAGCACCAUUUGUAGUUUGAAUUCGCUUGAAUGCCUUGGCCUUUGUGGGUGCUCAAAUUUUGACAACUUGCCGAAGAAUCUGGGGAAUCUCAAAGAUCUCUAUCAUCUUGAUUUGAGUGGAACAGGGAUAAAAGAGCUGCCUUCAUCAAUUGAUGGUUUAACAACCCUUAAUUCAUUGACUCUCACAAAUUGUAAGAAUCUUGUGUGUCUUCCUAGCACCAUUUGUAGUUUGAAUUCGCUUGAAUGGCUUGGUCUUUGUGGGUGCUCAAAUUUUGACAACUUGCCGGAGAAUCUGGGGAAUCUUAAAGAUCUCUAUCAUCUUGAUUUGAGUGGAACAUCAAUAAAAGAGCUGCCUUCAUCAAUUGAUGGUUUAACAACCCUUACUUCAUUGACUCUCACAAAUUGUAAGAAUCUUGUGUGUCUUCCUAGCACCAUUUGUAGUUUGAAUUCGCUUGAAUUCCCUGAUCUUUAUGGGUGCCCAAAUUUUGAAAACUUGCCGGAGAACCUAGGGAAUCUCAAAGAUCUCUAUCAUCUUGAUUUGAGUGGAACAUCUAUAAAAGAUCUGCCUUCAUCAAUUGAUGGUUUGACAACCCUUACUUCAUUGACUCUUGAAGAUUGUAAGAAUCUUGUGUGUCUUCCUCAUUUGUAG